AUGGGCUUCAAUCUCCACGCAGAUGGGACAAACGACCCCAGUGAAGUCCGCAAAUCGGCGUAUUCACAUGAUAGCAAUCAUUGCCUCAAUGAGUGCCAUUGCCACCUAGUGGGUUACGACACCUCUGUCAUAGGUGGCACCAUGGCUCUGGAUUCCUUCCGCCAGGAUUUCGACCUUGCGGAUAGCUCGCCAGUUGUUCGUGAUACUCUCCAAGGCAACAUUGUCUCCACGUUUCAGGCAGGAUGCUUCUUUGGCGCCCUGCUCAUGUUCCCCAUGGCAGAGUGGCUCGGCCGCAAGAAGGCAAUCAUGAUCUCUGCCCUGGUCUUUCUCGUUGGCAGAACUUUCAUGACAGCCUCUCAUGGAGAAAUUGGACUCCUGAUUGCCGGAAGAGCCAUCGCCGGCUUGGGCAUUGCCCCCCCGUCCAUUCGUGGCCGCCUCAUUGGGCUUUUUGAAAUUGCAUCACAGGGAGGAGGGAUGUGCGGCUUCUGGGUAAACUACGCGGUGGAUCGCACAAUUUCAGACUCAACGCAAACGCAGUGGAUUGUGCCCCUCGGCUUGCAGCUGCUUCCGGGAGUCCUCUUGUUCUUUGGCAUUUUCAUCUGUCCCGAAUCGCCGAGGUGGCUGGCAAAGAACGACAGCACCAAGCUUUUUGCGACGGGCUUUUACGGUAUAGCCAAGACCCUGGGCAUGGUCAUCUUCAACGUCUGGCUCGCCGAAAAAGUCGGCCGGCGCAAUGGUCUCAUCUGGGGCGCCUUCGUCGGAUCCCUUCCAAUGUGGUACAUUGGUGGCUUCACGUUUCUUGCCGACCCCGCCGGCCAGGCGGCUGCUGGGAAUACCGACCGCAAUGCAUGGGGGUAUAUCGCCAUGGUUUGCGUGUAUCUCUAUGGCUUGAUCUACUGCGCCACUUGGCAAGGCAUCACAUGGCUGUACUGCAGCGAGGUAUUCGGCUUAGACAUCCGCAUGCUCUGUGUCGCAAUCACGACCGCAGACCAAUGGCUAUGGAGCUUCAUCUCGAGAACUACGCCUUACACGAUUACGUCGCUCGGCUACGGGACUUACAUGUUCUUUGGUGCUCUCAUGAUCCUGAUGGGCGUUUGGGCUUUCUUCUUCGUACCCGAGACCAAAGGUCUCACUCUCGAAGAUAUGGAUCUACUCUUCAUGAGGAGCAUGCACACCACGGUCUGGACCGCAUUGCGAGAACGCAAGAGCGUCAAGGAUGUCUUGGCGGAUACUUCGCCCGCCGCUGUCUAUGCGACUGGCUCGGAGGAGAAGGAGAUUCGGUUAGAAUACGUGGAUACUGUGGAAGACAACAUGAAGUAA